GGUUGAUGGUCAACGGUCCAGGAUAAUGAUGCAGUGGCAGCCGAGGAUCGGAACGCAUCCUGGAGGACAUCCACCUUGGGGACCGGGGAGAUGGAGCGUUGAAAGCAGUUCCCUGUGCCGGUGGCUAGUGCUGCCACGGUGGCUAGGAGAUGUUGACUACCUCGCCUGGUAUGCAGGAGGGUCGUGGGUUCGAUCGCGACCCCUGACGCCUGCUGCUGCUGCUGUAGAUUUAUUUGGAGUUUGCUUCUCUCUUGGUUGUCCACCCCGCGCCCCUGCAGGAGUCCACCAUGAGGCUGUGUCUAGCUCUGGCCGUACUUUUCCUGGCCCUGGGCACGACGAGUGGCUCCCACUUCCGCGGGGGAACCAUCUCCUGGAUUCAUGACAACGGCAACCAGGUGAAGUUCAGCUACAUGCUGGCUUGGCGCCGCUCGUCCAUGACCCCCUGCACGGACGACGACAUCGCGGUCGGAGUGUACUUCUCCACGGGCAACCUGUGGCAAUGCACCCAGGGCUGCAGCGAAAGCCGCACCAUGAACAUCGCGUGUAUCGAGCAGAAUAGCAACUCGGACUGGAUGGUGGGCAAGGGGAGCUUCAACUUCACAGUCCCUGCCACGCAGCAGAGCAUCAUCAGCUUCGCAAGCUGUUGCUGGGUGCCCGUGACCAUCGCCACUUCUCAGGGCACCUACGACCCUGGAAGCAGCUCGUUGUGGUCCAUGAUUGCCGUGCUCAACCCGGGCACCCGGAGCGACACCGGCAGCCCCAACAUCUCCCCCAUGACCACCUCCAAGCCGCUCAUCAAGCUCAAAGUGGGGUGCACCACGGUGUGGAGCAUCCCUGUGCUGGACACCGACAGAGAUGUGGUGAAGUGUCGCUACGCCAACAAGAACAGCCUUGACGAGUGCGGGAGCAUCUGCGGAGUCGCGCCCUUCGGAACUCUGAACGGGGUGCGUCCUGUCGCAUCCAUUACCCCUUUUCCCACUGGCACAAUCCGAGCCGUGCCCGCGUGGGUACUCUCACGGUACAGGUGAUGUUUCCACUUAUUACUACUGAGCCAAGCUGCGACCCAAAUGCUAUUUAAUGGUUUCACAAGGCAUCGAUCUGAAUGCAGUCUGGGGCAGGGCUGCAGACGCAUUUGUUACAGGUGACGUCAUGUCAAUACACCGACACACAGAAUCACCUUGCCAUCUACUGUACGUGCUUCUCGUCUCAUUCAUUGGGUGUGACAUCGGUGGCAUGGCUUGGCUGGUGCAGUGGAAAACCGAU